AUGUUCUGCUGCCAGCAGCAGCGGCUCUUCCCGCGUGCCCUGGGCAUAAGGGGACCCCCAGCAGCCUGUAAACCCUUACUGCAGCGCAGCAGCGCAGCAGCAGCAGCAAGAGCAGCAACAGCAACUGCAGCAAUUGCAGCGAGAGCAGCAGCAACAGCAGCAGCAGCAACAGCAGCAGCAGCGGCAGCAGCAUUGAGACCAGAACCGGCAACACGACCCGCUGGAGCGGCAGUGGGUGCAGCAGCAUCGCCAGCCUCAGCAGCAGCAGCAGCAGCAGCAGAAACAGCAGCAGCAGCAGCAGCAGCAACAGCAGCAGCAGCAGCAGCAAAUUCGUGUAGCUGUCGCUUCUCUCAGCUGCUUCCCCGUCAGCUGCAGCAGCCCCGGUGUACGUACACCUCAACCCCGCACUGCCCCCGAAGCAGCUUCUCAAGGGCCCUCCACACAAGCAGCAGCAGCAGCAGCAGCAGCAGCAGCAGCAGCUCUUUAGGCUCUCUGGAGGCACUGGGGGGUGCACAGCAGCAGCAGCAGCAGCAGCAGCAGCAGCAGCAGCAGCAGCAGCAGCUCGCCGGCGGCGAGGGGCCCGUGGGUGGCCCUGGGUUUGCUGCUGCUGCUGAGUUGGAGGAAAGAAAAGGUUUUGGGAAUUUAAAUUAUUUAAAUUAUUUUGAAAAAGAAAAAAAGAAUUUAAAAAGCUGCUCGGGGCCCCACACCAUGUCUCUAGAGGCUUCUGCUGCAUUUGCUGCUGCUGCUGCAGCGCAGCAGAAGCUGCAGCAGCUGCAGCGGCCGUCGGCCCCGCGCCGCAGGCGCAGAGCAGCAGCAGCAGCAGCAGCAGCAGGCGACGCAGCAGCAGCAGCAGCAGCAGCAGCAGCGGGGCCGCGCCUGCUGCAGCCUGCUGCUGCUGUUGCUGCUGCUUUCAGAGCAGCAGCAAAUAACUGCAGAAAUGAAAAACUCUGGAAGGGUUUAGUGCGGCGGCUGGCUCUUGUUGCUGCUGUGCUGCAGCCGCAGCAAAUCGCCACCGCCCUGCAUGCAGUAGCCAGAGUCAAGUAUAGGGAUGCGCGUUUGGUGGAGGUGAUGUCUCCUCUUAUUGUCAAGCAAAUAGAAGAUUUUUCCGUCAAAGUUAUUGCGUUGCUGCUGAACGCUCUGCGGAAACUGGAACUGCCAAAGACGGACAUCAUUGAGCUGCUGGUCAAUCAGUCCGCCAGCGCAUUUGAUGUCCAGUCUCUCUGCCUGCUGCUGCACUCUGCAGUUUGCUUCACUGGAGCUUCUGAGGGGCUGGGGCGGGGCUACCGCGCGCGGUGGCGCAGCGAAGUGUUCAGCACUUUGGGGUGUAUGGGCAUCUCUUUCGAAUCUGCUGUUGCUUUUGGUCCUGUUGCUGCUGAUGUUUUCAUUCCCAACAAAAAAAUUGCAAUUAAAUGCACAGCUCUUGCUGCUGGGUCCUUGGGGCGGAAGUCGAAGCGCCGAUCAGCAGCAGCAGCAGCAGCAGCAGCAGCAGCAGCAGCAGCAAACAGACCGUUGCUGCGGAAGCAGCAGCAAGCAGCAGCAGCAGCAGCAGCAGCAGCAGCAGCAGCAAGAGAAACUGCACAAACAGUAAGAGCAGACGCAGCAGCAAAAGCAAACCCAGAGCAGCAGAAAUCGCAGCAGCAGCAGCAGCAACUGCAGCUGCAGCAGAGACUGCAGUAG